AAAACAUCUAAUGUUGUGGUCAUCAUGCCGGGGCAGUGUUAUGGCUGUGGUACAGAAUUCACUGUAUUUAAAAAAGAGCAUGGUUGCAAAAACUGUGGAUUUGCAUUUUGCACCAAGUGUUUACAUGACAAGACUAUUCCUGUCCCAAAGAGAAACAAUGCCAAGCAUCAUGUUUGCAUCAAUUGCUUCAAAAUAUUAACUGGUGCUGCCCCUGUUAGUACAGGUCCAACAAACAUGGAGCUACCUGAAGCAUAUUUAAAGAGAAUGGCUGCCCUCAAAGAGAGAGAAUCAGGAACUGCAGUGCAUUCUAGUGGCACCAGCACAGCUAAAGUUCCAGACCAUCUGCGUCGUCUAGACAAAGCUGAUAGAGAGAUAGCGCUGCGGUUGGAAAAAUUAAAAGAAACUAGUCAACCUAAAGAACCAACAUCAGACGCAGUAUUAAAGGAACGUCUGGCAGCUUUAAAAGGUCAGCCUGUUCCAGCAGACAAAAAGCCAGUGUACCAGGCCCCAGACAGGCGAUGUGAGACCCAGAUGGUGGAUGACUUGCUGGAACAGCUGACACAUGAGGUGGAAAUGGACAGUCGCCUGCCAGAUCCUGACCAAGAAAUUGAAAGGAGGCUCAGGCAACUAAGAGAGAAAAAAGGUGAAAAUCCUGUGCCUGGUAAACCUUCUGUUGAAGAGAACAACCUUGACCUUUCUGACAAGAAUGGCAAGGCUACUGCCAGUAACAAUUUGAACACGGUGGAUAAAAUGGUACCACUGGUAAAGCCUUACAGUAAAAACAUCAGCGCAGGGGAGGACGGAGGUGAGACAGGAGCAGAAAGCAGCGCAGACGCAGUGGAGAUACAGAAACUACUGAGUGAGGUUGCCAAAGAUCUGGAAACUGAUGCUCAGAGAGGGAUAGAGGAACUACAGAAGGACAAAGCCUUGUAUGAUAAACUUAAAGAGAUUCAGUCUAAGCAAGAGAAACAAAAACAUGAUCCAGGAAAAGUAACGGACAGCUCCGCUGUAUCAGGAGACUCCGAUGAAGAGAAUGAAGAUGUUGCAGCUGAUAAAUUAAUUCAUCGUUAUUUAGCGGAAGCGCGACUGGACGAGACAGUAGAAGCGCCAGAAGAAAAACAAACUAAGAAAAAGAAGACUGGAAAGAAGGAACCCAAGUCACUCAACAUUGAACCUAGCCCAAGGAAGGAUAACUCUGACAGCGAUUAUGAUGACAGUGAUGAGCUGCCCUAUUGCAGUAUCUGUACAGAGGACGCUGUUGUCAGGUGUCGAGACUGCGACUUAGACCUGUACUGCAACAGGUGCUUUAGGGAAUGCCAUGCUGAGUUUGGUGUCACCCAUCACAGAACUGUACCUUACACAGCCCCAAAAGGCUACAAAUAAACUUAUGUGAUUUUUA